AAAAAAAAGUUUGAGGUCUUGGAGGCGGCGGUAAGCGAGCAAAUGAACACGGGCUCCAUAACCGCUUUGACGCCGCCAGCCUGGAUGUCCGCGCCGAGGACGAGCGGCUCUUCCCCGGGAGACGUCAAAGCAGCGAGGCGAUGAUCGGGAGGAUUAUUUUGGAUACUUGGUGGUGGGAGCACUGAAGAUAAACACACACAGCAACACUGCUGGGUUACAUAUGUGACCAGGUGACACAUUUGGAAUGUGUGCAGGAUGAGCAGCACAUUCGUCACAUUAGCGGAAGUACUGGAGGCCCGAGGGGGGCCUCUGCUGGAGGAGGAGGUGUGGGCCCUGCUGCUGGCCACAGCAGCUAGUUUAGUGGACGCCUCCGAUAAAGGUCAAAACAAUAUGUGUAACAUCAUUAGCCCCGCCUCCUUGCUGCUGUCAGUUACUGGGAGCUUAGCAUUUAAGAACUGUGGCCUAUCAGAGGAGGCGUCGACCUUCACUGCUCCAGAGAUGCUGCAGGGCCAUGCCAGCUCAACCAAACCUGCCAUAGAGAGGAUGCUCGUGUAUUCACUGGGUAUGACACUCUACUGGUCAGUUGAUUUUCACCUACCUCAAAAUCAGCCAGUCCAGUUGAGCGACCAUCUCAACAGCCUCCUCCUCAGCAUGUGUGAGGACGUGUCCCAUCGCAGGGUAACCAUCACCUCCAUCCUGGAAGCCUGCGAGUGUCGUCAGAAAGCCUCCGGCCUGCCGCCAUCUGCCGACGUCAUCAGGCAGCUGGUAGAGGAAGUCUUCAGUGAACCGAUAGACCAUGCCUCUGACAGUAACUUGCCUCUAAGUGGGCGGAGCCAGAUGAUCAGAGAAAGGCUUCAUGGAAGGCGAGGGCCAUUUGCAGACUUCAGUGAAGGUUGUCCAGAAAGGAGAAGAUACUCGAUCGACUCAGACUCAAAGUCAGCCGUUCUUCCAGGGUGUUUACCUCAGAGAUCUUGGAAACAUCGACCAAGAAGCUCACCCACACCUUUGUACCAGUCAUCUUUGGAAAGGCUCCCGCGAGGGGCUCGUCACAGGGACAGCACCUGCAGUUGGCUCGGCCGGAGCCCCCACCACGACGUCUCUCCCAAGACAUCGGGCAGGUCUCACAGUCCUUCCAUCACCUUUAGCGAGUCCUCCAUCAGCCUGAGCCAGAGGAAAGCUAAGGCUUUGGGUCCCGAAUUUAUCCGAAUGGCUGACGAACAGCAAAUUGUUCUUGAGCUUCCAGGAUCUAUUGUGUCGAGAAAGGGUCGCUUGUGUUCGUCUCAGAGGGAGGUGACGGUGGUGCUGCCGAGCGGACAGUACGUGGUGGUCCGCUGCGAUAUCAAGUCCCGUGCGAGGGAUGUGUUUGACAUGGUGGUGGCUCACGCUAACUUAGUGGAGCACUUCUACUUCGGUCUUGCCUUUCUCGACGAUGAUGAAUAUUUUUUUCUGGACCACGAAACAAAAAUCUCCAAAGUUGCUCCCGAUAGUUGGAAAAAAGGGCAAAUACUUUCCUUUUUGGUGUUCCUUCGAGUCAAAUUUUUUGUCGACAAUAUUGCCUUUGUUUUACACACACUGACUCGCCACCAGUACUACUUGCAGAUGCGGAAGGAUAUCUUAGAGGAUCGCAUCUACUGCAACGAGGAGACGGGCUUGUAUCUGGCUGCUCUAGGUCUGCAGGCUGAAUUUGGGGAUUACAUGCCAGAGUUGUAUGGGAAGAGUUACUACCACCCAGAGCACUAUGUGUCAAAGAGAAUGCUUGACAAGCUGGCUUUGCCCAACGUGAAGGAUGAGCUGCCAAGACUGCAUGCAAGUCAUGCCCCGAUGGGACCCGAAGAGGCGGAAACGGAGUAUCUCAAAAUUGCCCAGCAACUACCAGAGUACGGGAUUAUGUUCCACCGUGUGGGCAGAGAAAAAAGGCCAUUGAUCGGUGAAUUGGUUUUGGGAGUGUGUGCCAAAGGAAUCAUCGUGUACGAGAUGAAGAAUCAGAUCCGGACAGUCACCAGACGCUUCCUCUGGAGGGAAACGGACUCCAUUUCCACUGGGCGCCGUAAACUGAUCAUUGAAUGUGGCGGACCAAGUGGUAAAAAGCACAGUUUUAUGACGGAGAGCUCGAAAAUAGCACAAUACCUCCUCAACCUCUGCUCCGCACAGCACAAGUUCCACAGCGAGAUGACGUCACGGCAACUUAACCACAGUAUGAUGCCAGAUGAAAACAUGUCUGUCUAUGUGGGUUGUAACCUGAACCUGAAGCGGAUGUCAUGCUCUGAGGGCAUGCUGAACCAUGUCGGUUUAGCCCCGGGUCAACCGGAUCUGCUGUCCAAAUCUUGCGAGGAUCUGAGCGUCAAGCUGGAGGCUCGACUCCGCCAUCAGAGAGAGAUGAGGCGGGAGAUGAGCAGGGAACUGAACAAGGAGCCGCCGGAAACUGGGGAACUCAGGGGUUUGAAAGAGCGUCCCUACUGGAACACCCCAGAAUCGAUUCCAAGAAUGAUGUCCAGUGUCUCCCUGCAGAAAGACUCGGAUGCUUCUUCUUCUAUACGAGUUGACACACCAACCAGGACUCCACCAGAGAGAGAAAUUAUUUGCGUAAGCCUCAAGAAGGAUCCCAAACUUGGCUUUGGCUUUGUGAUUGUAGGCGAGGACAAUACAGGUAAACUCGACCUUGGUAUAUUCAUUGCUUCCAUUGUGCCAGAUGGACCUGCGGACAAAGAUGGACGGAUCAAAUCAGGUGGGCGUCUCAUUUCCCUAAAUAAGACCAGUUUGGAAGGGGUAACAUUCAGCGAUGCUGCUGCCAUCUUACAGAGUAGUCCUGAGGAAGUGGAGCUGAUUGUGUCCCAGCCCAAACAGUGUCUGAAAGACAGCAAGAACUCCCUGUGCCAAAGCACACUGGGCUUGGCAUUGGAGAGAAGUUUUGGCUCUCAGACCACCUUGAGUGGCACAGAGUACCGACACGCCAUGGAUGAACUGGAGGAGGCCAUCACGUUGUCCAGCAUGGCCACGCCCAAGAAAAACAGAAAGCUUCACAUCCCUGUGGUGCGAAUACAUGAUGUACAGGACAUGUGUUCCAGGUCUCCCUCUAUCUUAAGUCUAAAAACCGGGGAGAAGUUUAUAGUGGAGUUGAAGAAGAGUGGUGGGAGUCUUGGCUUUAGUGUUGCUGGAGGAAUACACACAAGUGUGAGGUAUGGCGGCAUCUACAUCAAACGUCUGAUGGUUGGAGGAGCUGCUGAGCAGGACGGUCGCAUUCGAAUUGGUGACAGGUUGAUGGAGGUUGAUGGCUCUAACCUGAGGGCUGUGACACACCAACAAGCUGUCGAGUGCCUGAAGCGGACUGAGGAGGUGGUGAACCUGCUGCUAGAGAGGGAACCAACAAGCAUCUUGGAACCCAGAACCAACUACCCCCACCCACCCUCCAUCCACAGUUCAUCACACACUCAGCCCCCCAGGACUGAGGUCUCCUUGGAAACAACCUUGAAUGGCCGAGCCAAGGACUACAGCUUUGUUACUUAUGAAAAUACACAUGAAGUCAUCCUGAAGAAGAGUUUGUCAGGUCUAGGCUUCAGUUUUAAUAUUUCCCAACUUAACUCGGGGCAAGACCAUGGCAGCGUGGUCCGCAUCAAACGUCUGUUCCCCGGUCAGCCGGCCCAUGAAAGUGGUCUCUUACAAGAAGGAGACAUCAUUCUGUCUGUCAACAAAGAGCCUGUCAAGGACCUUUCAUACAAGAGGGUUUUGUUCCUGCUACGAGGUGCCCCUUCUGAAGUUCAGCUCUUGAUCUGUCGACCCGGUCCAGGAGUGCUGUACGAUGCUGAUGACAACACACUGAGCCCUGCACCCACCAGGGAGAUCCGAUCUCGGUCUCUGGACAUCCGUCUAGGGGACGACUAUAGCCAGCUUCUUAAGUUUCAAUUUGAUGUCAACAUACCUGCUCAGAAUACGGCAACCACCCUCGAGGAGGAGCUGAAUGACACAGCAGAGAAAAGCCCAGACUCUCCUGCAGCUCCAAGAUUCUUUGAGGGACAAGAGAGCGAGGUUCAAGGUGAACAGACUCCUCCAUCAUCACCUCCGGCGGGAUCACAUCCCAUACCCGGCUAUCCCACGUCUCCUCCGACGCCAAUCUCGCCAGCCUCGCCUGCUUCUCCCACGUCACCCAGCUCACCGCCAGUGUGCUUUCGACCAGUUCAUCAAGAGUCGCAGUUGAAUGUCGGGAAACCAGAAGGACAACAGGAAGUAGUAACAAAGAAGGCAAGCAAGGAUGGGGAAGAGGCCGUUGCAACAAGUUCCACCGCGAUACUUGACGUCUUCCCUAAGACAGCUUCAAAAUCCAUGUAUGCCAGUGGUGUUCGAGAGGAGGCAGAUGGAAGUGUAACCUACUGUCUUGUGGGAAAUGGACUUACUAUCAUGGCAGAUGAGGAGUAUUUGACCAUCAGUUCGACCCUAGAACCUCAACAAAAUGUUCAGUCCAAUCAGGCCACUCAAACGCCAUUAUCAAACCUCACAAGCCCUAGCUCGCAGACCCCGACCACUUCGUCGAGUUUCUCUCAAACGUCUAACACUCUGUCUGGUCUAUCACAGACCUCUACCACUCCAUCAAGUUUCUCUCAGACUUCUAUCACUGCAACUCUUCUCUCACAAACUUCCAACAAUCCAUCUAGUUUUUCUCAGACUAGUUUCAGCUCACAGAAUCCAAAUACUACCAUGUCACCUCGAAGCCUCUCAUCGGACACCCUGACCACUUGUGCACUAGCACACCCUUCUCAGCCACUCACAACCCAGCCAUCCAAAGCCAAGCACCACCCACUUCAGCAGGGGCUGCAGCUUCCACUGCAAUGCAAAGCCCUCCCUAAGAACAGUCAGCCUGCUGCAGGGCUUCCUCAAAAUCCUGCUCCGCCGGCAGCCCCCAUCACAACCCAGAUAAUCUCCUCAACGCCUUCUUAUGUCAGCACACCUGCUCCCACCCUUCCACCCAUAAUAAUACCUCCACCUUCCCAGAGUCAUGCACAGCGGAGGGAAGAACAGGAGAAGAAAGAAAGGGAAUGCAGGGAUGAGGAUGAUGACGAAGAGGAUGAAGAAGAGAGUCGAAGAAAGGGAUUGGUAAAAGAAUUUGAGUUGACGGUCCUUCUGACCAAGUCCAGGAGUGGAAGCUUUGGCUUCACCAUCACCCGAAGCAAACUGGACAACUGCUACUACAUACAGGAAAUACUGGACAACCCAGCAAAGGCAGACGGACGCCUCAGAGCUGGAGACCGGCUUAUCACAGUAAAUGGACAUGAUGUUACCAAUGUGGCAGAUGAAGUUGCCAUGACGAUUCUCAGGUCUUCUCCCAGGAGACUCAGUAUGACUCUGGGCAGGGCUGUUACCAACCUAGUGGCACCCCCUUCUUGUGACAGCCUGCCUGAUAUUGUCCUCUACAAGACACCUUCAGGACAACUCGGCAUCAAACUUACCGGUGGCAUUGGCAGCAAAUGGCAGGGCAUUUACUGUCUGGAGGUAGUGCCAGGCUCCCCGGCCAGCGAAGAGGGCAGCGUCCAACCUAAUGACAAGAUCCUCUACGUUUGCGGCAGGUGCACUUUAGGGAUGACCUUAGAAGACGCUGUCAAAGCCUGCGAGAUCGCCCCGCGUAAAGUCAAACUCAAAAUCCUGAGAGAUGACCAGCCAGUGACGCCCAAGGCCAAAUGGAACGGUCUGUUUGACUGGAAAAAGGACAGGAAAUUCUUUGCUCGUUUUGAAGAGCCUGUCUCUCCUGACAAAGAAUCACCUCCUGAAGAUGUUGAAGUUGUCAGUCGAACUCUUGGCAACUUCAGAUGUCUGUCUGUGGCUGAACAGCAGGAUAGUUGCAUCAUGCAAGUAGAGUUUACCAAACCAGAAGGAGGCGGCCUUGGCUUUGCACUGGUUGGGGGGACGAAUGGCAGCAUGCUCAGGGUGAAAGAAAUAUGUUCUGGUGGAGUAGCUGAGCAGGAUGGCAGGCUAAGAGUGGGAGAUAUUCUUCUAGAGGUGAACGGUGUCAUUGUCUCUGGACUGAGCCACAAUAAGGUGGUGGAUAUUCUGCGUAAAGCUGAGGGCACAGUGCAGCUCACCAUCUGCAGAGACAUCCUGCCGUUGACCUAUUCCGAAUCGCCCACACCACCCAACAUGGCCACGGGCGCCGAGGCUGUCCUGGCAGAGCAGCCAGCUCCAGUUACCACCUCUGAUGCCUCUUCCUCUCCUGACGCCAUGAUAAAUAAACCAGCGCAGUGCCCCCCUGAGGCGACUGCAGAAUGUGUGUUUAAUGAAUCGUGUGUUUUAGUCACAACACCACCUCCUACUCCACGACAACUGACUGUGGUAAUGGAUGAAACUCCAGUCAAUCAGGAGAGCCGUGACAGCACGCCUUCUCAUCAAGCUUGCUGCCCGUCACUGAAUGUCACUGAAAUGUUGCAUGGAGCUUCUGACAGGAAACACACUGUGACCAAACUGUUGGACCGAUCCUGCAAAAGCAUCCGGAAACUAGAGUCAGAUGGCUGGAGCAGUGAAGAAGAAGAAGAUGAUGUGUUUGACGCCACUGCUCACAAAAACACCUCACCACAGACAGGCCCACCCAUAAUAUCAGAGGAGGAACUGUCCAGUUUAGCCCUCAUUAGCCCAUCAAGAAGCAGCCAGUAUUCAGGCUCAAGGGUCAAAGCCAUUAUCCAGAUUCUGCAACAUCAACUAGACCAGCAAGAACUGGUCAAAGAAUUCCUGGCUCUGGAGCACCUAAUGCCUUCUGAUGACUGCAUGGUGGGAAAAGCCCCCGAGAACAGAGACAAGAACCGCUACAGAGACAUCCUGCCCUACGACAAAACUCGCGUCACCCUUGGAGAGAAGCACGACUACAUCAACGCCAGCUACAUCCGCAUGCAAGCCGGAGUUGAGGAACUCUCCUACAUCUCCUGCCAAGGACCCCUACCCUCCACGGUGGCUGCGUUCUGGCAGAUGAUCUGGGAAAACAAAUCGGACGUGAUUGCAAUGAUGACUCAAGAAGUAGAACGAGGAAAGGUGAAAUGUCACAAGUACUGUCCCGAGAAGCCAGAUGAGCCCCUGGACAUGGGCAAGUAUAACGUCCACCUAGAAAACCAGCAGUACUUGGAAUAUUUCCACAUCAAGCUCAUCCGCAUGGUGGAAACAGAGACAGCUGAGACCCACAUUGUCCAUCACCUGAAGUUCACACACUGGCCCGACCACGGUGUUCCGCACUACUCCGAGCAACUGGUUCGCUUCAUCCGGUACCUGCGCUCAGUGCACCGCAAGGGGCCCGUCACGGUCCACUGCAGCGCCGGCAUCGGACGCUCGGGUGUUCUCAUCUGUACUGACAUUAUCCUCAGCCUCAUCGAGAGGGAUUUGCCUAUUAACGUCAGCAACAUCGUAAAGGAGAUGAGACUUCAGCGACAUGGGAUGAUUCAGACCAAGGAACAGUACGUCUUCUGCUACAAAGUCUGGUUGGAGGUUUUACAGGGCAUUUUACAGCUCCAUGGUACCCAGUGGCAACCGGAAAGUCCCCAAGACCACAAAAUAGUUUGAUUGUUUGCAUUUGUGUGUCCACAAGCACUGGCAACACCUUCUUCUUGAACUCUUGUCUGUUUUCAUACUGUGCGCUGUCUAGAUGUAGAUGAAGAAAACACACUUUUGUUUAUCCUAGAUCUCUUAAGGGAAUCCUUGUGUAUUUCAGGCUGAGUGAUUUGCCUUAUGCCUAUGUUAUUGCAUUCAUUGUAAGUCUUUCCAUAGCAUUUUAUUUGCAAAUUGCCAUCAUAAUAGUCCAACUGUUUUUUUGUCUGGUAGGAAUGCCACUAAGGUCACAUAAGAUCAACUUACCAAAGUUUAUUAUCUGAUAACUUGAUGAAUGUGAGUUUUUAUUUCAUUAAGUGCAUUUGAACCCUGGAGAGAGAGAGAGAGAGAGAGAGAGAGAGAGAGAGCGAGAGAGAAAGGGCAACACUAUUAAUUCUGUAAAUCUCCUAAAGCAAUGAAAAGAAUCAAGUGCCUUGGAAUCAACCCCGAGCUGCUAUAGUCACAAGUGGAUGGGCCGAAGGAGCGCAGCAGUGUUUGAGAGCACUUGCAAGACGUUUGAGUGAAUGUGCACUUGUUAUUUAAUGUGGAUGUACCCUUGCUCCAAGUCACAGGCAAGACAAUGACAUAUUACCUUAAGUUAGUGCAAGUCACAGUGUACAGAUGGUACACGUCCCUGUUUUGUAUGACAAAAAAAGAGACUUGAAACCCCCUGCAGAUAGCAACAUAUAGCAAAUUUGAAUACAUUUAUACAUUUUCAAUUCACUCUUUUUGCUAAAGGCUUAAAUGCCCAUUGUUACGAAUGUGGUAUUUGGGCUUUUUGGUUGAAUUUGUGAUAAUAGCCUCUAUCUGUAUUCACUGGCUUUUCUAAUACAAAGAAAGCCAAAAUGCAAAACUUAAUGAAUAAGAGGUUUACACAAUGUACAGUGCAACAACAUAGUUGCUGGUUUGUACCUCGACUUUUGGAUGCUUCUCGCUGCUAUAACACACUCAUACUGUAUACACGCACACAUGCCAAGAAAUGCUGGCAUAUACCCCCUCUUUUUCCAUGUCACUGUUCUCUUUUAACGGCACCGAGACGGAAUGGGGGUACAAAGUUGACCCAGCAAUUUUCUGCCUUAGCAGGUUGUAUCAUAGUGUCUACUUUUACACCACCUGUAAAAUAUGGCAUUUUCCCACCUUUUUUGGUGUAAUUUAUGUAGAAACAGCACUGACACGGAUGGGAGGGAUGAAGUCAACCCGGCAGUGUUCCGUCCUCUGAGCUAGUAUCGUCCGCUCUGUAAAAACUAGGGAUGUCCAAAGUCGGGCCCGGUGGCCAUAUACUGUAUGGCCUGCUGCGUAUUCUAUUUCUAAAUUAUAAAACAUGGCCCGCAUAAAAUGGUUAGGAGUAAAAGUUGAGAUAUUGCACAAUUAUUUUCAAAUAAAAAUGGUAAAAAAAAAAAAAAAAAGUAGACUGUUGCCACAUAUCACACUUUAGUUUAAAUUAUAAAAUGAAUAAAAAAAUUGUCGUACAUUUUUGGGUAAAUGGAAUGUUGCAAAAUAUUGCCAAUGUAAAAAAAAGAAAACUAAAAACACAAAAGUCACACUUUUUUAAUUAAAAUAAGAUAAAUCACACUUACAGUAUACGAAUAACAUUGAUUUGUCACCGAUAACACCAAGUUGAGAUUUUGCAUAGAUUUAGCAUAUGUUGACCUCCGUUAUAUUGGAUUGGUUUUACCAUGUUUCACAAACAAGCUGAAAUAGCCCCUCUCUCUUCCUUCCAUUUUUCUGUAUGUGGCCGAUGGAAGCAGUACUGACACGGAAUUGCUCUAAUUUUCCCUCUGUUGAGCGAGUAUCAGAGCCCUCACUUUUACACUACUUGUAAAAGAUGGCAUUAUCCCAUCUGUUUUCGGUCUAACUUAUGUGGAAACAGCAUUGACGUGGAAUGGGUACCAUUGUGUGAAAGGGCACAUAGUUGGGACAUUAUCCCAUCUUUGCUGGGUUCUGUGUUAAAGCCUGUUCUGUUAAGCCAAUUUCACAGGAUCUCUGCGUGAAACAGGGGAACACAUUCAAGCACACACACAUUUACACACAAGCUCUUAUAGUGCAUGCACACUCUCAAAGGAGUUGACUUGAACACGAUGUGGAAUGUAACGAAGCAAAGCAAUACUCUCCAAGGGGAAGGGGGGGGGUGUGGGUGGGUCUUAGGGGUUGGGGUUCGGUCCAUGUGGCGGCUCGAGAGCCAUCACUCUCUGUAAUGUGAAUGCUUUUCCCUCAACGCUGCUUAACGUGUUCUCUCCCUUUGAGAGCCUUGAACACAGAAGCAUUUGCGAUUCCGUCUGUGAAGAAAUGCAUCGUGUACUUUGAAGAAAGGUGCUUGAGCAACAAGAUUGUGAAAUGUAAUCAUUUUGAAUUGCACUGCUGCAUAUUUAUGCUAUCAAUGGAUAUCUUGUCACUUGCACCAGCCGCUAUGUAACCCCUGACUGGAACCUCCUCUCUUAUUAAAGACUAUUCUGAGA